AUGAUUAUAACAGAACUUAAUAUUCCAUGUGUAUGGGGUGGUAUUUUAAAAGGAAUAUUACUCAAGAAUGAUACAAUAGUGACUAGUGAAUAUAAUAAAAUCACUACGAAAAUUAUUGGUAUUCAUGGAUGGCUUGAUAAUUUUAAUUCAUUACUACCUAUGGUAGAAAAAUUAAUAGAUCAUCAUCCAAAUUAUGAAAUCUAUUUAUAUGAUCGUGCUGGUCAUGGAUUUUCUAGUCAUCUUCCAAAAGGUUUUGAUUAUUCGCAUGCACAUAAUCUUGAAGAUCUACGUAUUGUUGUUCAAGCUCUUGGUUGGAAUAAAGAAAAAUUUUCUAUUAUUGGUCAUAGUUAUGGAGCAAUUCUUGGAAUGAUAUAUGCAGCAAGUUAUCCAGACGAUAUUGUAUGUCUUGUUGCUAUUGAUGCUUUAGUUCGACCACAUGUAUCAUCAGAUUUAUUCUGGACAACUAUUGGUUCUCGUAUUGAUAAUAGUUUACAAUAUUUAAGUCGUAAAUCGAAAACCUAUACAGAUGAAUUAACAUUUGAAAAAGCAGUUGAACAUACAAAGAAUAGUAGACCUGGUAUUACUGAUGAAGCUGCUAAAUUAUUAACUGAACGAGCAGUUCGUCGAGAUUCAGAUAAUAAAUUACAUUUUACUCGCGAUGAAUCAUUGAAAUUAUUAUCACUUUUUCCAUUCACUGAUAAUAUGGUUGAAAAUGUUGUUCAAGCAAUGAAAGGAUCUAUUCUUUUUAUUGGUGCAACUAAUCCUCAAUGGCCUAGACCAUCUAAAACAAUUGAUUUACUUAAAAAAUAUCAUCUUAAUUUUGAAAUGACUUUAAUUGAUGGACCACAUCAUUUUCAUAUGACACAUAUUGAUGAAGUUGUUAAUCGAAUUGAACAAUAUUUUGACAAAUAUCUUCAACAAUCUUCGAUAACAAUGAUACAACAUAGUCAAUUGUGA